AUGCAUCUAGGAAAGGUCGUCCAAGGACCUAAGGAAGCUUUAAGAAGUUAUGUGAAGAGAUUUAACCUGGAAGCAUUGCAGAUCCAGAAUCUGAAUGUGGGAGUGGCAUUUGAUGCUUUCAUCUGGGGUUUAAGACCUGGAAGUUUUAAGUUCGAUUUGGUGAAGAAGAAGAUAUCCACCUUGACUGAGGCUCUUCCGGAGGCCGAGGCCUUUAUUCAUGCUACAAAAGUUUGUGCUGAAGCAAAACAGCUAGAGACAAAGAAAACUGAAGAAACCAUCCAGCCGAAAAAGAGCAUCCCCAAGAAAGUUGAAACUUGGGCGGUGACUUCAAUGACAACUUUAUCUAGAAGACGCAAGAGAUAUGAACCGACAGCAUCAGUUGAGCCUAUAGAGUUCAGCAAAGAUCAGUAUUCCAUCCUCAUGGAGAUCAAAGAUCAAUAUGAGCUUAAGGCACCAGCGGAAAUGAAGACACCUUACAGGAACAGAGAUAAAAGCAAGUACUGUCAUUUCCACAAAGAUUGUGGUCAUGAGACGAAUGAGUGUAAGCAUCUGAAAAGAGCCUUGGAGGACUUAGCUCGCAAGGGUAAAAUGAACUUCUAUUUACCUCAGGCAAGUAGAAAAUUCCAGAAAAAGGACAAUCGUCACGGGAUAAGAAAAGAUGAUGAAAGCACUGACCAAGAUGUAGUGCUAGUGAUUUAUGGAGGAUUUGCAGCAGGGGGUCCUACAAAUCGCGGCCACAAGAAAUAUUUGCGGGAACUCAGCCAGGUAAUUCUUACCAACCAGGCAGAGUCUGAUCCUUUCCCCAAAAUUGUGGUCAGCGAGCCAGAUCGUGGAAAGAUAAGAGCACCUCAUGAUGACCCGCUGGUGGUAGAGAUGAAAAUAGCAAAUCUCAAGGUAAAACGGAUCUUGAUUGGUACAGGAAGUUCUACCGAUAUCAUCAGUGCAGAUUGUCUGUCUAGAUUGAAGUUUGACGAGAGUAAUCUAGUUCCAGUCAAUCACCCCAUCAUAGGGUUCGGCGGAGGAAUCAUUCAUCCGAUGGGAACUGUCACUUUACCCGUCAGGGUAGGCGACAAAGAAGCUUCCAGUACGCUUUUUGUCAAAUUUCUGGUGGUACGGGAUUUGACAGCUUAUAAUGUCAUUCUCGGAUGA